UGUAUAUUAAAAAAGUCUGUACUUUCAUUUCUGAUGGUUGGCACUCUUGUUGGGCAAUGAGUCUGAUUCUGCGCACUUAAAAUCAGCCAUUUGCAAGUACUUUCUUUGAGGUUAGUCCUUAGUCAUUGCAAGUUUUUGUGAACUAAAUAAAUUCCAUUUUCCAUAAAAAAUGAUUGGAAAGAGCAAUUUGCUAGUGAGACAGAUGGUCAGAAAUGCCAUUGUCAGAGCUUCCCAUGAUCACGGCGGUGUGCCUGGAGUUAACCUUCCCUUUGACAUUCACAACAGAUUCAAGUUAACAGCUAUGAUGAUUGCUUUCUUUGGCUCAGGAUUUGGUGCACCAUUCCUUAUUGUUAGACACCAACUCACAAAAGCUUAAAUUAUGAGUGGUACUAGAACAUGUUAGUCAAGUUGUAUUUAAUUUUUAUAUGUAAAUAAGUAUUUCAACAUUAAAUAAAAAUCAUUUAAAAAGGGUUU